CGGUCGGUCGGUUCUUUCUGCCAACAUUUCAACUCCAGCUCCAGCUUUUCGCCCACCAAAAAUGAAUUUGGUUUGGGUUGUUUUCCUCGUUUUUCUCCCGGCGUUUGAGACGACGAACAGAACAGCUUGCUUGCCUGAAGUGUCCAUCCGCGAAUUUGUUAAAUUCUGGGAAAAACACGAGGAGGAAUGGAACAGGUGCCAAGGGGGCCAGUGUCAAGAAGAGGAAAAACGCUCGCGAAAUGACUCUAAAUGCGACGUCCAGGAAAUCAAGCUUCAGGUGGAAACAAGCCUCAAUAAUUUCAAAGAUGAGAUGAGGCAACUGGUGCACAAUCUGACGAACAAGUUCCAGCAUUCAAUUGAAAAGAACGUCACUUGUCUUGAAAAAUAUAAGCAGGACGUGGUGACUCUUGGAAACGGAAAAAGCUAUCAUUUCUCAACAGAAAAGAAAAAUUGGUAUGUAGCGAAGGAUUAUUGCGUGGCGAAGGGCAUGCGUUUGGCGUCCCCGAAGACCCAAGAAGAACUAGAUGUCCUGCUUGGAAAAUUAAACGAAUAUGUUGAACAUGGUGUUUUCUGGUUGUCGGCGUCGGACGUUGGGCGGAAAGGAAUCGAAUUCCGGUGGCUAGACGGGGAAGUUCUUCCUGUCAGCAGCUCCUUGUGGGACAAAGAGAGGAAGCAACCGCACUAUUUUGGCAAGGGCCAAGAAGCCUGCGCUAUGAUUUCAAAGUUUACUGAUACUAACAAGUUGCUCGACCAUGAAUGCAGGACCACGUCAGUAGCUGGCACUUUGUGUGAGGCAGUCGAUUGCGUCUGAAGAUAGAACUUCUAGUUCCUUUAAAUCCUGUACCUCCAAAUAAACCAUAAAUAUGCAUUUUA